AUGGCGGAAUCAUCCUUGACCCCAAAGCGACGGCCUCGAGUGCAAAAGUCGUGCACCGAGUGUCAACGGCGAAAGCAAAAGUGCAUCAUUCGGAACGACGGCGUGCCGUGCGCCAAUUGCUCGCGCCGGUUCCCGCCUGUAGAAUGCACUGUUCUCCGUGUUGAUGCCCCUGAUGGCGAAAAUCGAGCCCCCAAGUACGAAGAGCAAGUCGUCAGUCUCGGGGUCCCGGUGAGCAUAGUCUCGUCGGCUGGUGGUCGGCACGUCAAUUAUGUCCCGGCAGGCACAAGCGUUAUUCGAACCAGGCGCGUGAAACCCAUGGCGAAAGUCAAGGCAAGGGUCAUUGCUUGGCCCGAUAGUACUGAUGGCUCAACGGAUGAUGCAUGUGACGAGAGGACUAUCAUUGGGAGAUCAUCGGAACAGCACUCGGAGACUCUCUAUCUCGACGGGACAGGCGAUCCAGACGCCAUGGUCCACAUCCGACCCUUCGGCGGCAUCUUGACUGAGUCGCCCUUGUUUCCUAGCAUCGGCAUGCUCAUGGCGUCAACUACGCAGUCGCUCGAGAAGGGUGUCGAGGUGACGCGCAACUCCGAGUCGCUGGCGAUCAAAGCCAGGGUCCUCACUGGCAUCAAUGAGAUGCUCAAGGGUGACUUUGGCUCGGUUGCCCAGGAGGUCAUCCGUUCGGUCAUCAAUCUUUGCGUCAUGGAGUGGUUUUGGGGCGCCGAUGACAGCAUGUGGGCGCAUCUAAGAGGCAUGAAGCACAUGAUUAACCUCCGGAGCGGCUUGCGGGGUAUCAAAGACAUUGUGGGAGAGUCCAUAAUCAUCCUGACCGAUUACGAGAUAUCGUGCUGCUUCGAGACGGAGCUCUACCUCCAGAGCAACGAUCCAGUAUUGCUGGAGGAGAUCCCCAUUCCAACGUCGUGGCCAGACGGAUUUGACUGUCCGCUGAUCAGAUCGAAUGUUUCGUUUGAUGGCGUUAGGGCUAAGCUGGGAUUAACAGAAGCUGGAGCUAGGAUCCUGGACGAUGUCCGCUUCCUGACUACUUCAAUCACAGAGGCCGACGGCGGACCCGCCAGUAUUCGCAAGAUCCAGAGCACAGCCUCGUGGAUUUACAGCCGGCUCAGCAAUAUUUCAGGCAAAGAGGGCGGCCAAGGUGAGAAGGAGACGGAGGUGGCGGAUGUUGCUGAUAUGGCAUCCGAGGCGGAGCGUAUUGAAGAGGCGGUGCGGCUGGCCGGGCUGAUCUACAGCUGGUCCAUCUCGUCGAUGGCUCAGAUAUCGCAGUUUAAGGACGGCAAAACGCUAGAGCGGGCUUACAAGGCCAUGAGGGCGGUUAACCUUACGCGAUGGAAGGACAUGCCAGGAAUCUUCCUCUGGAUCAUGCUCGUGGCGGCGCCGAGCACCAAGCAAGAUACCAGGGGGAGGUUCAUCCGGCGGAAGAUGGCGGUGGCGGGGCUCUCGAUCGGAUUCGAGAGCUUCGGGGUGGGGAUAUCGUAUCUGCGGGCGUUCUGGCUGGUCCAGAGGUGGAUUGCGCGACAGGGGAAACCGGCUGCAGACAGCUUGACGUGA